CUGCCCUUCGGGGGUUUCCCGCAUGCCGGAGGGGUGGAGCCUGCCCCGUGACCUUUCACCUCAGCAUGGCUGCGUCCGUGGGACCGGUGAAGUUCUGGCGACCGGGUACAGAGGGGCCAGGUGUCAGCAUCUCUGAAGAGAGACAAAGUCUAGCUGAAAAUUCUGUGACAACUGUUGUUUACAAUCCUUAUGCUGCCUUUUCUAUAGAGCAGCAGAGGCAGAAGUUGCCGGUUUUCAAGCUUAGAAAUCAUAUAUUAUACUUGAUAGAAAACUAUCAGACAGUGGUGAUUGUUGGAGAAACAGGAUGUGGAAAAAGCACACAGAUUCCACAAUACCUUGCAGAAGCUGGCUGGACAGCUGAAGGAAGAGUUGUAGGAGUGACCCAGCCUCGAAGAGUGGCUGCUGUUACAGUUGCAGGGAGAGUGGCAGAGGAAAGGGGUGCGGUGCUGGGCCACGAGGUGGGCUACUGCAUCCGCUUUGAUGACUGCACCGACCCGCUGGCUACAAGAAUUAAGUUUCUGACUGAUGGCAUGCUGGUCAGGGAAAUGAUGAUUGAUCCAUUGUUAACAAAAUAUAGUGCCAUCAUGCUCGAUGAAGCCCAUGAGAGGACCUUGUAUACCGACAUUGCCAUUGGCUUGUUAAAAAAGAUUCAGAAAAAGCGAGGGGAUCUUCGAUUGAUUGUGGCUUCGGCCACUCUGGAUGCUGAGAAAUUUCGGGAUUUCUUUAAUCAAAAUGAAACCAAUGACCCAACCAGGGAUACAUGUGUGAUCCUUACAGUGGAAGGGCGAACAUUUCCAGUGGACGUAUUUUAUCUACAAAGUCCUGUUCCAGAUUAUAUCAAAUCAACUGUGGAAACUGUGGUGAAAAUUCACCAGACAGAGGGAGAUGGAGACAUCUUGGCAUUUCUUACUGGGCAGGAAGAAGUGGAAACUGUUGUGUCUAUGCUGAUUGAGCAGGCCCGAGCACUAGCUCGCACUGGGAUGAAGCGACACCUCCGGGUUCUCCCCAUGUAUGCAGGGCUGCCUUCCUUCGAGCAAAUGAAAGUGUUUGAGAGGAUGUCACGCAGUGUCAGAAAGGUGAUAGUGGCCACGAAUGUGGCAGAAACCUCCAUUACAAUCAGUGGGAUUGUGUAUGUGAUUGAUUGUGGCUUCGUGAAACUCCGAGCCUACAAUCCCAGGACAGCUAUUGAAUGCUUAGUGGUGGUCCCUGUGUCCCAGGCAUCAGCCAAUCAGCGAGCAGGACGUGGUGGUCGCAACCGCUGCGGAAAAUGUUACCGACUCUAUACAGAGGAAGCCUUUGACAACUUGCCUCAAUCCACUGUUCCCGAGAUGCAGCGUAGCAAUUUGGCACCUGUCAUCCUGCAGCUGAAAGCACUGGGAAUUGACAAUGUCCUCAGGUUCCACUUCAUGUCGCCCCCUCCAGCACAGUCGAUGGUUCAAGCUUUGGAGUUACUCUAUGCUCUUGGAGGUCUGGACAAAGACUGUCGCCUAACUGAACCUCUUGGCAUGAGAAUAGCAGAGUUUCCUUUGAAUCCCAUGUUUGCAAAAAUGCUACUUGAAUCAGGAAAUUUUGGCUGUUCUCAGGAAAUUCUGAGCAUUGCGGCCAUGAUGCAGAUCCAGAAUAUCUUUGUGAUCCCCCCAAACCAGAAGUCUCAGGCAAUUCGAGGGCACCGAAAAUUUGCUGUGGAGGAGGGUGAUCACCUCACAAUGCUCAAUGUGUUUGAAGCAUUUAUCAAACACAACAAGAACUCUCAGUGGUGUCAGCAGCAUUUCCUGAAUUACAAGGGUCUUGUUAGAGCUGCCACAGUGAGAGAACAAUUGAAAAAGCUUCUUGUCAAGUUUCAGGUGCCAAAGAAAUCUAGUGAAGGUGAUCCAGAUCCAGUUCUGAGGUGCAUUGUUUCAGGAUUCUUUGCAAAUGCAGCGAGGUUUCAUUCUACCGGAAGUUAUAGGACUAUCCGUGAUGACCAUGAAUUGCACAUCCACCCUGCUUCGGUCCUCUAUGCAGAGAAACCACCUCGCUGGGUUAUCUACAAUGAAGUUAUACAGACCUCCAAGUAUUAUAUGAGAGAUGUGACUGCUAUUGAAUCUGCUUGGCUGUUGGAGCUGGCUCCACACUUCUAUCAACAAGGAACGCACCUGUCCCUGAAAGCUAAAAGGGCUAAGGUCCAGGACCAGUGAGCGGAGCUCAGCCGCAGCUGGCAGGUGCCCUCUCCUCCAUGCCGCUGCCCACCUGGCCCAGGUGGGGCUGAGCCUGCAUCAGCUCAUAUGGACCCUUCAGCUGUUCUGAAGUGGCCGCAGCGCAUUCCUUAGCCUCUUCCUCCCCAUGCCCCUCAGCAUUUGCAGUCCUGCUGGGAUCCAGGAGGAGUCUGUGCAUGGGCAGGCAUUAGGCUGCACUGCACCAGGUGGAGUGGGACUGGCAGGCCGUGCUCCUUGGCUGACUGAGCACGUUCGCUGACCCAGCCUGCCACUUCAGACAGGUACCCGAUCCUGGCGCACUUUAUGGGAACAGGGAGGAAAGUUAUCUGCUGAAGGCCAAAGCACCUUGUGAGGUGGACAGAGGAUUUCCUGGGCUGGCUUUCCCUGCAGGGCCAUGGCUCUGGUGACCAUGAGGCAUCUUGCCAGCUGUGAACAUUGUGUAUCUGUGAAGGGAGGAGACCUUGGACAUGCUGGGGGCACCAAAGGGAGUGUCUGGCUGGCACAGGGGCUCUCAAACCUUGCACCUUCUGUUUUUCCUCUUCCCAUGUCCCUGUUUAUCAGUGGCCAGGAUAUUUGCAGGGGACCAGUGAUCCACAGAGAAGGCUCAUGUGCACUGUUCCUUGUUAGCAAAUGGUUUGUGUAUUUCACAAGUGGGCUUAGCUCUCUCUCAUGGUACGACACUAUGUUCUGGUGCCACUAGCUGAGCACUAGUGAAAAUUUAUCAGCUCAAACCCCAUGGGGGACCUUCUUUAGCAGGAAUUCACAACGGUUUAGAAGCUCUGAACUUCUGUAGCUCAGGAACAUAACUGUUGCAUAUUUGUUGUUUAUUUGCUGGGGUUCUUCCAAGAACACACGGGGUGGCUAUUCCAGCAGGCACUGGUUUCAUUGUUGCCCCAGGGCUUCUUUGCUGUGGAGAUGUUUGCAUUUCAACACAGUGACUAUACAGAUUUUUUUCCUCUUACUGCUUCAGUGGUAUUCAUUUUAAAAGCAUAUAGCUUAAAAAUUUAUUUUUGUACUGACAUUAGUUUGGAUGUGCCACUUUUGGCACCAAACAUGUAUGUCAUUUUUAUUUCCAUUUUAUAAACAUGUAAAUAAUAGUGACAUCUUAUUAAUAAUAGUAAAACUUUAUACCUAAAGUAAAUGUGUUCCCUCCCAUCUAUGGCUCUUGUGGUCUGCAUUUUAAGAUGGUCCAGUUAAUUGUUCUGCGUGGGGCCUGAUGCUAACCAAGAAGACUGAUGUGCAUAUAGCACCUUUUGGGGUCACACAACACAGGAAGCCUUAUAAAGCAAGAUCAUGUGACAGAGUGCCCUCAAGACCUUAGCAGCAAACCAUGGGAAGUGCUUUAAUUGAAGCCCCAAAGAGGUGCUAGUUUUUGCUAGUUUCUAAUUGGAAUAAUUAUUUUUGAAGUCUGGUUUUAGGACUGGUGCUGGGCAUUUAAUAAGCUUCUGUUGGGGCAAAGAGGAAAAGGAUGCAGAAUCCCACACCUUCUGGGGUUUGAAACUAGAGAUCCAAACAGAUGGUCUGGAGGGAAGAAAACUGAAGUGAGCAUGUUUAAUCUAAGCCUUUGUCUUAGAGUGCCUGAUCCAGAGCACAUCAUCCCCUGUACCACCUUUCAGCCACCCUCACCAGGGCAGGCCUGGGUUUUGUAUCCUGUGGAUGGAAACAGAUCCUCAGCGCCAGAGACCUGCAACUGCAAAGUCCUUUGGAGGCAGUGGUGUCCUGCAGGCACGGAGAGGGGAGCUUUCUGCAUUUGUGGCUUUCAAAGACCCUGCCAGUUGUCUCCCAUAGCUGGUUUUCUGUGGUUAGACAUUGCCAUCACCAGGAGUCCCCUGGUUCAGCCAACCUGCGACCUCAGUGUUCCUCUUGGAACAUUCCAGUUGGCAAGUGUUGGUUGAACACAUGGCUUUGUGCACAGCACAGGGAUGGCUGUGGAGAUCCUUGGCGAUGAGUGUAUGGCCCAGGAUGGAGGUAGGAAGACAAGAGUGACAGAGUGGUGAGAGGUUGCAGAGGCCAAAUUGAAUUGUCAGGCCAGGACAGCUUCCAAAAGAAGCUUCCCCCAAGGCACUCUUCCCCCAAGGACAGGUAUUAUUCUCAUGUCCUGCUGCCUUGUCAGUCCCCUGCCAGCUGUGCUUUUCACCUUGGCCAUGAAUUCAGAGUCACAGUUCCCUAGCUCCAUGGUCCUGUCAGUACAGCCUGCUACCUGACCUGCUCUCACUUUGUGGACUAGGUUUUGCCAUUUGGUCUAGUUUUUCCUCUGAGCAUUCUGUCCUUUUUCCAACUCUGUUUCCCAGGUCCUGGUGCUGACAGCUUAUAGUCAGUCACUUCAGGGCCUGAGCGAGGACAUUUGCUGCUGACCAGGUGGGUGAUGGGUGGCAUAAGGCUGAGGCUUCUCAGUCUGGCUGACCAUGAGAACCCAUUCUGGAACUGCUGGAUCAGAUCUCUGGGUGGUGGGACUGGGAAUCUGAAUUUUCAAGCCCCCGCGCUAGAUGAUUCUAGUGAUGCGGUGGGCUAGGGAAUCACUGGUUGAAGGAGACUGAGGAGUUGAAGACAAAGACAUCAAGCCUGGGGAGGAAGGUGAGCCACCAGAUGGGAGGCCAGGAAGAGCAUCAGAUUUGAGUGAAAGACAAAUUUGGUUUUGCACAGCUUGUGCCCUGGCAUGUACUGUAGAUCCCAACCCAAGCCAUUUGCCUUUUUCCCCAAAGCACCGUGACCGUGGUGGUAGAAUUCAACUUCCGUCAUUUCUUAGCAGUGGGCAUCAAUCUUGGCCUACGAUAAGUUUCCAGAUUCUUUAAAAAUGAGGAACUAUGUAUAAUAAUGAGCAUUUUGUAAGCCUUCAAUUCUAUAUAAAUAAUCUUUCUUUAGUCUGAGCUUUUGGUGCU